AUUGUACACAGAAGAAUCUCACUAUGCAAUAGAGUACAUUAAGUACGUUAAGUGUUAAGUAGCUGUCCUCUAGUGGCGAAUAUGAGAACUGCAGACAAAUACUGCACCAGUAUAAAAUGGAUCGCUAAUGGUUUGGUGGUAAUAAUCGUUUAUGUUUAUACCGUUGCUCAGUUCCUACUUGUACAAUAUAACACCCAAGUUACUGUCAUAAAAUGAGAGGAGGAUAAAAGCACUGCUACAGAAUUAAAGUCAGUCUUUGGGAUUUAAUUGAAUAAAUGUUCGGUUGCAGAAACAGACGUAACUUAAAACUUAUUAUCUUCUCAUUUAAACCCCUCACUGUUUUUCACCACCAGAAUCUGUAGAAGUGUCAGCGGUAUCUUUUAUCAUAUGAUUAAAGAUCAUACAUCUAUAUUAAUCUUUACACCGGAAGUGAAAUGCUUAUUACUUCCUUAGCAACCACCGAGUCCUUAGUAACCACAACAGUAAGACGAGAAAAUGACAGCAAAGAAAAUAUGCGCCAAAAAAUCGUUGUGGCAGCAAGUGUGUGAAGAGUAUGAGUGUGAGCAGCCCAGUCCUCCAAAUGUUGAGUGGGAAGACAGCAGCUCAGUGAGCACCCAGUUCUCCCAGUACAGCGCCAGUACACACUCCCCCGUCUUCUAUGGACUCACCACAGCCAAGGUUUUUGUAGACGAUGACCCCCUGAGAGAUUUUAACCCUCUGCUUUGCCACCCUGCUGUCGCUGGUUACUCUAUAUUAGACAAAUCUCCUGCUACAAGACAGGAGAACCUCUCAGCGGCUGAAACGACACUGUCUCCACACUUUGGUGAACAUCCGGUCUCACGGUACUUAGAGCACAGGGUGUUUCCAGUGUUACUGCCUGGUCUGGAGGCAGUGCUGAGAGAAGCUGUGAAACAGGGCUGUUUUAAGCGGAAAAUAACAGCGUUCAAUCCGUGUGACUUCCUAACUGAGUGGCUCUACAACCAUAACCCCUGCAGGCGAGGACAGGCCCCAGUAAACUUCCAGGACAUACCGUUUGUCAAGGACUGGCUCAGCAUGCAUCCAAGGCUUCCCACUCCUCUGUUUUUGCGGCUGAGUGAAGAACAGGCCUCCCUGCUCAUCCAGGCAUUCUGGAGGGGAUACAAGGUCAGGGCACGCCCAGAUGUGCAGGAACUGCGCCAGUGGCAGAAAGACCUGAGAGAGAAUCAUGACAUAGUCAAAACUGUUGAGGAAUUCUGGGCCAAACAAGAGAGCCGAGUGGGCUCAGCAAUGACAGAUCUUCCCGAAAGCCCCCAGCCCGGCAAUUCAGAUGUUUCUAUCCAGGUGGUUUCCCCCACUCCCCAGAGUACUGUGGUCCACACCCCCAUCACCCAGAUGGCCACCGGUGAGUGGUUGACCCCCAGCAUGUGCAAUGUGGAAGAAAUAACCUCCACACCAUUACUGACAAACAUCCUGGCAGCAGCAGAGUCCAGUGACAAAUCCUUGGCUUCGAUGUCUCCAUCUUUACUAGGAACUCAUGACCUGAACUAGUCUGUUGGUAAUAUCAGCUUACAUCAUUAGUUCCAUGUACAAUACUCGUUUGGUGUUUCAAGGCUAUUAAACUCUGUUGAGCUGGUGUCACACUGAGCAAAGUGAUCAGUCCGACAAACCAUUAAACAUGCCUGUAACCAAUUGGAUAUGACCAGGCAGGGAUUUAUGUCUGAGACCCCAUGUCUAAUUAGCUGAUUGCUUUCAUUGCCUUUUUGAUGGAUCACUUGGCUUCAUGAGACUCACCCACCGAGCGCCAUAUCAUGCACUAUAGUUCACAUAUUAUAUUAUUGGGAGUAAAACUUGUCGCACACCUAUAACAGACAUAAUAUUUCUCCCCAGUGCCUCUAGCUGAUAGCUCACUGCUAGAUAACCCAAUCAUAUUUUCUGACUUGUCAUUUCCUUUUCCCUGGGCAGUACAUAUAACUUGAUUGUGGAAUAUGGAGCAUUUUUCCAUUAAAGUCAGGAAUUGAGGCCAAAGAGAGCAUGUGACUGUGUGCAGACUAGAGUGGUACUUUCUUUCCUGUUUAUCAGCAGAGGAAAUUACCUUGUCAGGGAAGCAGAGAACAGAAAAGGGCAUUUAAAGACCACAAUGAGAUCAGUGGUGUUGAGGGAAAAGAAAUACUUAAUAUCCAUUGUAAUCCAGUAUAGUAGACACUGCUAUGUGAGAUGGCACUAAAAGUAUAUUUAUGUGUUUGUAAUGAAUCGGUUUAAUAAAAACUGUCACCAUGUAGAUUUAAUUACUAAAUGUCAUAAAAAAUUAAAUGUAUAGUGUGGUAUUU